AUGAUCUCACGACAUCGAUCUUCUUCCCUUCAAUCCUUUCCAUCAUCCUCUCGGACCUCUGUAACAUCGAAUAAACAACGACAACAGCCCAUUCGGUUAUUAUUUCCAGCAACAACAGAUGAAGAACGAGAAUUACAAGAACGACACUAUAUUCCAUCCCGAUAUGUAAUUGCUAUCGGAGAUGUUCAUGGCCAUUUGAAAGCCCUUCAGAAAUUGUUAUCAAAAUUGGAACAGCAUUUGGGAAAGGAUUUAUUUGAAAAAUAUCAUUUAGUUUUCUUGGGGGAUUAUGUGGAUAGAGGUCCACAAAUUAAAGAAACUAUAGAUUUCAUGAUUGGAUUAAAAAAACAACGAAAGCCAAAUACCACUCAUUUUCUAAUGGGAAAUCAUGAUCAUGCAUGUUCAAUGUUCUUACGUUUAUUUGAUGAUGCGGUGGAGAGUGGGAAAUCGCUUGGUGUCACUUGCCAAAAUUAUCCUCGCGAAUUUGAGCUAUGGAAAGGAAUACAAGAAGUUGCAAAUAAUAUGCACCUUCAGGGUCGACGAUGGGGUAGUGGGUUUGUUUAUUCCAGUUUCAAUACAUUCUACAGCUAUUGUUGUGAAUCAAGCUCCCAAAAAGAUAUGGACGUUGUGGGUGACUAUGAAAAAUUCCAAGCGAGUGUUCCCUUUGAGCAUAAGAACUUCUUUCGAAACUUACCAUGGGUUUUGUUUAAUGAGGAUAAUAUAUUUGUACAUGGUGGUUUCCACUCUUACACAAAUUUGAAAGAGCAAUUAAUACCAUUGCUAAAGAGAGAUAUUUAUCAAGCAAGAGUAAAACCUCUUUCUGAAAGAGGAUACAUUGAUAUGGAUGGUCACAAAGACACUCAUAGAAGAAUUGUGAGCGGCCAUGUUCAGGUUAAAAAAGCAAAAGUGAGUUCGAAGCGAGCCUUAAUUGAUAUCAGUGGUGGUAUGACGGGAGAACUAUGUGCAAUAAUAUUACCGUCGGCCAAGAUUAUUACUACUGAAGAAAAUUCAGAUCUUUUAAAUUCAACCAGAGGUGGUAUUGAUGACGAAGAAUUGCGAGAAUUAUUAGAGACUGAUUAA